CCUCUGUUCAGAUGUUUCUUCCAGUGCUGUGAUCAAUUGGAAUCCUUUGCUACUUGUACAACUUUCCAAUUCGAUCGAGUAAAGUGACCCGAUCCACAAGACCAUCCACCAAAUCCACUUGAUAAUCCGACUGAUCUACCAGAUUCCCUUGGUUGCCCAGUGCUCAACCUACUCGAUGAAUUGAUCAACUCCUCAGAUCUAUGUUUACAGCUAGCUUGUGGGAUCAGGUUAUCUGACCCACAACUGGAUCAGAUGCUAAGAACAUUUCCAUUUGGAUUAGGGAUUGUAAUAUUGGACUGUCUGCCCAACGUGCAUCGUUUUAAAAACAUCGAGACAAUCUGUUCUUAAGCAUUAUGGAGUUCUUCGGAAUACAAAUGGCCUUUUUGUCAGUUGUUGGUUUGUCUUUGAGUGCCAUCUGUAUCGAUGUCUGGAUGGCAUCAGCAGAGCGGCAAGGAGAUCUGUCAGCCUAUGAGCUAGCCAGCUUCAAUAAUCCUGAUCAAGAAGAUGUACCCCGUGCCCAAACGUUCAACCAUUUUACCUUGAGUGAUCAUGGUGAUGUCUAUGUUGGAGCUGUCAAUUGGUUGUACAGGUUGAAUAGUAGGUUGGAACAGAUACAGAAUGCUUCAACGUGUGAUGACAGUAUGCCUUACAAUGGGAUGCCAUGUCGUCGUACAAAUAACUACAACAAGAUACUGGUAGUUGACACUACUCGGCCGAACAGUCUGAUAACCUGUGGUGGUGCGUAUGAUGGUCGAUGUUACUUACGACAGUUACUUGAUAUAAGCGUUGUUGUGAGGGAAUCAAUUCCUCACGUUGCAGGGUUUGAGGGUGUAAGUACUGUCGGUUUAAUUACCAAUGGCAGAGAACAACCAAUGCUUUAUAUUGCUGUUACCUACAGUGAUGAAAGUAGUGUUGAUCAAUCCUUCUUUCAACCAAUCACAAGAAGGAACCUUGAUCCACUGAAAGAUAACUAUUUGGGCGCAGUUAUGCUCACAGAUACCAUUUUUUUCAGCACCGAAAGCACAGGCACUAAGACCUUUGUAAUAAGGUAUUCUUUCGCAUUUGACUACGAUGGAUUUACAUAUUUUGUUGCUUCUCAAAAGCUAGACAUCAAUUCUGGUAGUUUUGUUUCUAAGAUUAACAGAGUAUGUCAAACCAGUACUAGCGUGUUUGAUGCUUACACCGAAAUCACCAUCCAGUGCAGUGGAUCAGAUGGUACUGUGUACAGCUUGGUGCAAGCAGCUCACUUAGGACCAGCAGGACCUGAUCUAGCGGCAUCAUUGGGUCUCCAACCAGACCAGGAGGUGCUGUAUGCUGUGUUUGCAAAGAACCAAUCGACUCCAGGUGCCAGUGAUGUACCGGUACCAACCGAUCACUCGGCAUUGUGUGUAUACAAGAUGACUGAUAUAUUGGCUGGCUUCAAAGAAGCAGUACGGGGCUGUAUUCAGAAUGGUGCAGCAUACUCGGUGGGCUACUUGGCUGGGUCUUUCUGCAGCACGUUUUCGCUAAUUCAGCCAGACAAUUAUUUGUGUCAUCCUGUUGCUGAUGGAAUGACUCACCUGUACAAGUAUGCCAAAGGGAUUACUCCACUCUCAUCUACUGCCUUGCUAGAACUCCCAGAUUAUUUGACGUCAUCCAUCAUCACUAACGUUGAAUUCAACCACACUGUGGCAUUCAUAGGAACAUCAUGUGGAAACCUGCUGAAAGUGCAUAUUGAAAGUAAUACUACAGCCAGGCUGUAUGAGAGGGUGCCUCUGGAUACCAGCCCAGUAUUGACAGAUAUCAAGAUAAACGACACUACCAGAGAGAUGCAUGUACUCACUGAACAAAAGUUGAUCAAGAUGCGUGUCGAGAAUUGUAGUCAGUACACCACAUGUGAGGCGUGUAUUGGGACUGAUGCAGGGAAUGAUGGAGACCCAUACUGUGGAUGGUGCACACUGGAAAGAAAAUGUUCAAGAUAUUCAGACUGUCUGUUGCCAGAUGUAUCUACUCGAUGGUUGGCAUACAAUGCUGCUCAGUGCAUUAACAUUACCAACGUAGCUCCUUAUGACAGCCUGCCUAUCAGUCUCACAGAGCAACAGAUCAACCUGAGUCUACAACAAUUACCUGACCUAACUACUGACCAGAAUUAUGAAUGUUACUUUGGGUCAUACCAAUCUCCUGCUACAAAGACUGGCGGCAUGCUUACGUGUACAUCUCCACCUAAUGAUGGGAUACCUGCCAUUCAGCAAGGAGAUGACGCUGUCGGGGUUGACCUGAGUGUCUAUUCAACGGAAACAGUGGUGCGAUUCAUUGAUACCAGCUUUCACUUCUACAACUGUUCAGUUCACACAUCUUGUGUAUUCUGUGUUGGCAGUCGCUGGGCCUGUGACUGGUGUGUGUUCGAGAACAAAUGUACUCAUGAAAGCUCUGAUUGCACCAAAGAUAAUGAAAUCAUCAUUACUGGACAAAAUAAUCCAGUCUCAAUUUUGCCAAAGGGACCUGGAUCAUGUCCACAGCUGCAAGCUCAAAGUGGUGAAGUUCUUCUGCCUAAUGGAAUCCACAGGAGUAUCACAGUCAGCACUGAAAAUCUGCCAAAUGCAACUCAGAUUUCUAGCUAUGGUUGUAGCUUGGACGUUGAGGGAUUACCUCAGACUGUAAUGGCACAACGUAAUGGAACGGAUAUUACAUGUGACCAGAAUGCUUUCAAAUAUUUGGCUAACAAUGAGCCAGAACUUGAAGUGAGACUGACUGUUUCUUGGACUGACACGACUGGUACAGCACAUAUUCUUGAUGACAUACAUGGGUUCAAUGCAACUCUCUACAAAUGUGAAGUCCAGAAACCAGACUGCAGCCGAUGUGUUACAGCCCGUCCAGAGCUUGGAUGUCUGUGGUGUGGUGCCAUGCCAUCCUUAUCGGGUGUUUGCAAGCUGAAUGAAACUUGCAUUGAAAAUUUUGUGACUUUGUUUAAUGGAAUGAAUUGCCCUGAUCCAGUUCUCAGCGAGGUGUUUCCUUUGACUGGACCGAUUGAAGGCAAUACAAUCCUUGCCGUAAUGGGAACUGAUAUCGGUCGAAGAUUUGCUGACGUCGUCGCUGUGAUGGUUGGCAAUCAACCCUGUCCUCUAGACGGAUUAAGCUCUGACUAUCUAAUUGGUGCAAGUGUCAGCUGCAGGACAAGACCAGAACGUGAAGGAAAUGAAUCGGUCAACUUGACUAUCACAGGGGCAGAUGGUACGCUGCAGCACAGCUCUGGAACUGUUAACUUUAACUACACAAAUCCAAGGAUUACAUUAUUUGAACCUCGCCUUGGCCCAGAAGCUGGUGGGACUGCAGUAAGCGUGAAUGGUACAGACCUCAACACAGGACGAAAUAUUGAGGCGUUCAUAGGAGAAAAUCCAUGCAUCAUAUCAUCCGAUCCAACAGAAGGAGCCUUAGCGUGUACUACAUCCGCCGGACAGGCUGGAAUGGCAAGUAACUUGAGAGUUUCCUUCGAUGGUGCGAACAGAACAUCAGAUGAGAAAUUUAGUUACACAGAAAACCCUGUCAUCACUGGGGUUCAGCCACUCAAGAGCAUAUAUUCGGGUGGUCGGACGUUGAAUGUAAAUGGCCAAUACCUGGAUACCUGCCAAAAUCGUCAGAUUUACGUUGGGGAUAGUAGUCUGACAUACAAAGAGGUAUGCACAGGGGAUUCCCCCACAGAGAUGCAGUGCAAGUCUCCAAACAUAACAUCACUCCGAAUGAUGAUGGAAAGCAACGAAAACCUGACCUUUGGCUUCAUCAUGGACGGGGUCAGCCAACUAUUGACAUGGUCUGAGGAUAAUGAGAUAGAGCUGGAGUACUUUGAAGAUCCAGUGUAUGUCCCGUUUGAGAAUGAAGAGAUGGAGAAAGAUGGAUCAACACUGACAAUCAUGGGUGAACGGUUGGAUAGCGCGAUCACGGCCCAAGAAAUCCAAGUUAGGAUUGGAAAUGGCUUCUGUGAAGUCAACCUGGUCAGUGAUACCACCUUACAGUGCACUCUACCAGAGGAUGAACCGGCCGCUGGGGACUUCAGAGAUGAAGACAAAGAAAGAGACUUGCCUGUGGUGUGGGUAAUUCACAGCAACCUGGAGUUUCGCAUCGGCUACAUUCGCUACCCCCUUCCAUCUGUCGUUCCCAUCGUUGUGCCGUCAGUCAGCGGGGCCAUCCUGGUGUGCAUCCUGUUUGUGGUGUUCUGUUUUGUAGCUCAGGUGUAUGGGGCCAAACGAGAAGCAAGACUGAUCGUGCAAGACAUGAGAGCUUUGGAGAAAGAUCUGGCUGAUGAGGUCAGGCAAGCCUUUGCCGAGCUCCAGACUGACCUGACAGAUCUGACCAGUGACUUAGAAGGAAUCGGCAUGCCGUUCGUUAGCCACCGAGAGUACGCAACCAACAUGCUGUUCAUUGGCCAGGAAAUUAUACCUGAUACCGAGGACGAGGAGUAUCCCAAUGAGCAAGUAGAGAGGGCCAUGUGUAAGUUUUCACAACUCCUUAGCAACAAGAAUUUCCUCCUCCUGCUCAUCCAAACACUGGAUGCAGAGAGCAACUCCAAGUUGUCCAUCCGAGAAAAGCAAUCUAUUGCAUCUCUACUGACCGUCGUGAUGGUUCUGGAGAAUAAGCUGGUCUACAUGACAGAUAUAAUGAUAACACUGAUGACGCAACUCAUCGAAAAUGCCGCUGAUUCCAACCGCACUCGCCAGCUUUUCUGCCGAACCGAGAGCAUUCUGGAGAAGCUGCUGUCAAACUGGGUUGCUCUUUGCUUGUAUGAUCAGCUGAAAAAUCACACUGCCCACCCGCUGUUUGUGUUGUACCGAGCCAUCAAGUAUCGAAGUGAGAGUGGUCCCAUUGAUGUCGUCAGUGGUCGCUCACGCUUCUCGCUCAACUACGAGAAACUUCUACAGGAAGACGUGGAAUUCAACUCUCUUACAUUGGUUGUUCUUAUCGACGAGGAAGGAGAAGUGAUCAAAGAAGUGAAAGUGUUGGAUGUAGACACCGUCUCCCAAGUGAAGGAGAAGAUUUUAGAUGCUCUCCAUCUUAACAAACCUUACUCCAACCGCCCAAGUGCUAAUCAAGUCAGCCUUGAGUGGCGCCAUGGACGGAGCGGCAAACUUGUCUUGACUGACACGGACAUGAGGCCAUUGACUGAUAAAUGGCGUCGAAUCAACAUGCUCAAAGACUUCCAUGUUCCAGACAAUGGCCUCGUGACCCUUGUCGAGAAGCAGGAUGUGCCAAAUGCUACACUCUCAGGAACAAUCCUGAGGGUGCAAGGCAGGACUUCUUACGUAAACGUGGUCUUUGACGAUGAGAAGAUCAAACGCAGGAUGAGUGCCAAGCGACGCUACACUUUGGCCGAAGUAGAGAUGCAGGAAGGAAUCAGAGAUUGGCAUCUUACCCAGGAGGAGGAGUGGCCUACAGAUGAGGAAGGAGGUAGACUGAGAAAGCAAGGAGGAUGCAUCUCACUGGAUGUUGUCACCUUUAGGAACAAGAUAAAUCGUCGUAGGAUCAGGGAGAUUUCCUUCCCAAGACUUCUGUCAACCAAGGGCAUCAUCCAGGAGUAUGUGGACAACAUGUUCAAGGCCAUUCUGUCAGCCGAGACCGCCCCUAGGGCCAUCAAGUACCUGUUUGAUUUCUUUGACAAUCAAGCCUAUCGGCAUGAACUGUCUGAAAAAGACUCUGACCUCGUUCACAUCUGGAAGAGUAACAUUUUGCCACUGCGUUUCUGGGCUAACGCCAUCAAGCACCCUGACUACAUCUUUGACAUCCGCCCAUCUCGCAGCGUAGAGGCCAGCCUUGACGUCAUUGCUCAGUUAUUCCAUGACGCACAUGAUACCAAGAGCCAAAAGUUGGGCAGGGAGACAUCCAUCAACAAGUUGCUGUAUGGUAGAGAGAGGACAAAGUACCACGAUGACAUUGUCUCCUUCUACGAAGAAGUACAGCAGUUACCUCCAGUGCCCACUCAAGAACUGAACAAGGAACUUUACAAAGCUUGCGAGAAUUUCACUGGCUUGUUCAGUAAACUGAGUACUCUGGAUCAACUCUGGAAACUCGUGCGAAGAUUUAAGCAGAAGCUCCUGGAUGCGAUUGAGGACAAUGAGCGAUGCAAGGAGGAAAAUCUAGAUGGAUUGUUGGAGGAGAUCGAAAACAUUCUGUCUGAGGAACCAGACACCGGAGAAGCAGCGGUGUAGAGGACUGACAAGACCCAANUUUGGGAGGAUUGAUGAAAAAGACGAAUGCCUUCUGUCAUUGUUACUUAAUGAAUACGUCAUAAAAAGAAAGUCGUCAACAGCUUAAACAUUGGUCCAUUUUGCAAUACACGUUGAUCUUAGUUAUUGAAGAAGGUGACGUAUGUUGCUCUAAGAUUUAAUGAAUACUUUGGUCAUACUUAAGACAUUUUAUCACAGGUUAAAGUUUUACCAACAUUCAGCUUAUUCGUAUACACAGAAUGUACUUUCUGCAGAAAGUAUGAAAACUAAUUUAAACUUUUGCGAUUAAACACUCAGCAGAAAUGCUCCUUUUUGUUCCUGUACACAAAGAUUUCCAUGGUGAAGUUCUUCCGUCGGAAAUUGUACGCGAAUUAUGGAAGAGUCUAUCUUCCAGUCUCUCUGAGCUACUGAGUAGAAAACAGAGUUGGCAAAACUGGUGGGCAGAGCUGAAAUCAGCAAUAAGUUCAGCAGCUCCUUGAUAAUGAUGGCUCUGUCUCGAAGAAUAAUCCACAGUUCUUCUCAAUGAAAUAUUGUUUUAUUCAUAUAUAUAUAAGCUUAUAUCAUUGAGCCUAAUUCUACAGCUAGCAACUUUGCAUCAUAAAUCACAGAAUUCACUGUUGAAUAGUUGUUUUCCCUAAAGUAUAUAAAGAUUAUUUGAAACUGUUAUCACUCAGAUUUAUAUUCCUAAAUUUGUGCUGAAAUGUCAACUAAUGCAUGCAAUUUUGAUUACAUAUAUAAAUUCAUAUUUUUGAAUAUAUUUAAAUUUGAGGAGAAAUAAUGGUUCACACAAUACACAAUAGAAAUAUAUUAAGUAACAAAACAAAUCGUACAAAGUCAGUCUCUGUAUUGUCAGAAUUUGUCUUAAAUCUUCCAAUUGGAUAAUUUCAUACAAAUGUUUCAGCACAAUAGUUUCAUUUAUAUUAUGAUACACAGAAUGUUUAUGGGCACAUUUUAUAUUGUUUCGAGAUUAAAUUAGAGGCAACUAGUUUAACUACUCUAUUGA